UUUUAUCAAAUGACUUGAUUCUGCUAUUUUGAGUUAUUUUUUACGGUUAUUUUUAUAAAUUUGUUGAGCUAAAUCUCGAUUGUGUCGUGACACGUCCAUUUUGCACUUAAGAUUUUUUUAAAGCGUGACAAUUUAAUAAUGAUGACUUUGCGUUAAAGUCACACUGAAAUGGAAAACGACCCGAAUAACACAACGGCGGGUCGCGAGACUGGACGGUGCAUGUCGGUGGCGGCGAUGCAGGCGCUGCACCGACUGCGCGAGUGCCGGUUGCUCUGCGACGCAAUAGUGCGCGCAGACGACGGCGCCGCCUUUCCUGUGCACCGUGCCAUACUCUCAGCCUGCAGCCCAUACUUCCUGGCACUAUUUACAACAACGUUGCACUCUCGCGAACAAAGCGACGUGCUGAUAUCGGGCGUUCGGUCCGAAAUCCUGCUGCUGCUAAUUGAGUAUGCGUACCUGCGCCGCAUCGAGGUCACCGACGCGAAUGUUCACGAGUUGCUCAUGACCGCGGACUACCUCGCCUUCCUCGGUGUGCUGCAGCUGUGCUGCGACCAUCUGAGAGCCUCUCUCAAUCCUAAAAACUGUCUCGGCAUUAUGAUGUUUGCGAGACGUGUGUUUUGUUAUAAGCUCGAGGCGGAUGCUAGACGUUAUUUGUUGCGUUAUUUCGUGACAGUAGCGACUCAAAGCGAUGAGUUCCUCCACCUGCCUCUCGAAGAACUCAACUCUAUAAUACUAGAAGAUGAACUUAACGUUAAGAGCGAGGAAGUGGUCUGGGAAGCGGUGCUUCGCUGGGUCAAUUAUGAUCCAGAUAGUCGUUGGCAGCACACCGUCAAACUGAUGGGCAGCAUACGACUCGGACUACUGGAUACACAAUUUUUCUUAGAAAACGUUAAAGACCACCCAUACGUAACUGGCAACGAAGGUUCACGGCCAAUUAUUAUUGAAACUUUAAAGUUCCUAUACGACUUGGAGAUGAUUGCUCAGAGAGACGGUGAAGUCGCCACGCCGGAGAUUGCUCGCCCUAGAGUCCCACACGAAGUUCUAUUUGCAAUCGGUGGAUGGAGUGGAGGAUCCCCAACAGCUUUUAUUGAAACAUACGACACGAGAGCUGAUCGGUGGAUAAAGGUUGAAGAGGUGGACCCCGCGGGUCCGCGAGCAUACCACGGCACAGCUGUUUUAGGUUACUGCAUAUACGUGAUCGGUGGCUUCGAUGGAAUGGACUAUUUCAACUCGUGUCGAUGUUUUGACGCGGUUUCCAAGUCUUGGCGUGAGGUAGCACCAAUGAAUGCACGUCGUUGUUACGUGUCUGUGGCGGUGCUGGGAGAGACAAUAUACGCGAUGGGCGGGUACGACGGCCACCACCGCCAGAACACGGCGGAGAGGUUCAACCACCGCACCAACCAGUGGUCGCUCGUCGCACCCAUGAACGCGCAACGAUCAGACGCAAGCGCAGCGGCUCUAGACAAUAAGAUAUACAUUACGGGAGGUUUCAAUGGCCAGGAGUGCAUGAACAGCGUGGAGGUGUACGAUCCAGAUACGAAUCAGUGGACGAACCUGGCGCCCAUGCGGUCCCGCCGGUCCGGCGUCUCAUGUAUCGCUUACCACAACAAGAUCUACGUAAUUGGAGGUUUCAACGGUAUCUCUCGAAUGUGUAGUGGCGAGGUGUACGACCCCGCCGCGAACACCUGGUCGCCAGUACCUGACAUGUACAAUCCUCGCAGCAACUUCGCUAUAGAAGUCAUCGAUGACAUGAUCUUCGCUAUAGGAGGGUUCAAUGGCGUCACCACCAUAUACCAUGUCGAGUGCUACGACGAAAGGACCAAUGAGUGGUAUGAAGCGACAGACAUGAACAUCUACCGGUCGGCUCUGUCUGCGUGUGUGAUCAUGGGUCUGCCGAAUGUGUACGACUACAUACACAAACACCGGGAGCGGCUCAUGGAGGAGAAGCGACAGAAGAUCCUUCUGUCAGAGACUGCGCGCCAUGGACAGCAUCGUACUGCAUUGCCUGAUAGUAACCGGCCGUGGUUGGUGCAGGUUCACCUGAUGGAAGACAACGAUGACAUGCUGGAGCAACUGGGGCUGAUGGAGAACCAGGCUGCCAACAAUGAUGCACCGGCGCCGCCACCACCACCGCCGCCCCCACCGCCGCCUUUACCCCCUCAGCCUAUGGAGCAAGAUUAGUGCACUCCAAGGUCUCACUGUAAAAAGCCUACCCGUCGAUAGUAAACUACCUAAUCAAUAAGAUGAAGAAAUAAAAGUCUUAGGAAAAAGUAUAGUGAAGUUAAUAUUAUGUAAAAUUAUUAUGUAACCGUCCUUUAUUUUUAAAAAUAUUUACAUUUAUUAUAGCAAUUUUGGCAUAUUUAUAAUGUUGUGAUAUUUUCAUAAUGUGAAUCAUUCCUGUAUUUUUGGAAUAUUUUUGAAAAUUGUAUAAAAUUUUUCAGACAAGUAUAUGAUACUUAAUAAGAAAGAAAAGUUCGUGUUUCAUUUAAAUAAAGACUACAACAAAUAGCAACUACAAAAAAACAUACACGACAGUUUUAACGACUAAGAACUUACAGGUGAACGACGCUAACUUUCGUAGCGUUUCGUAGCCAAUUUACAAAUUCGUAGCACCUUGCUACGGCCAGGUACGAAUUGUCUACGAUACGACUUAUUUUUCAACGUUAAAAUCUACUUUAUUCAAGCAAUUAAUCAUAUGCAUACAUUUUUGAGCAGUCGUAUCUUUACGAUGAUAAGUAGUUUUUGUUAUCUUAGUCACAAACAAAUCACAUGGACACGAAU